AGACACUACUUUCACUACAACUACCAUUAACACAUUCAUUACUCUCUUUUUUCUUUGCUUUCAUUUUUCUCAGAAAAAAAGAAAAUUCCCUUCCCAAAUGAAACCCUAGUUUUCCAAAUUCUCAUUCACUCCAUUUCUAGGGUUUCUCUUCCCUCUUCGAUUUCUUUCCAUUUCCUUCACUUCACCGUUCGUUUUCGCGAUGAGUUCGAAGAAGAGACCGACUCAGAUUGAAGCGUUCAAGCACCGUGUUGUGGUGGAUCCUAAUUACGCUGAAAAAACUUGGAAGAUUCUAGAACAUGCUAUUCACGAGAUAUACAAUCACAAUGCUAGUGGACUUAGCUUCGAAGAGCUUUAUAGGAAUGCUUAUAAUAUGGUGCUAUACAAAUUUGGGGAGAAACUUUACUCUGGACUUGUGAAGACCAUGACUUCUCAUCUAAGAGAAAUUUCCCACUCAAUUGAAUCUGCUCAAGGAGAAAUUUUCUUGGAGGAGCUCAACAGGAAGUGGGUAGACCAUAAUAAGGCAUUGCAAAUGAUCCGAGAUAUACUGAUGUACAUGGAUCGAACUUUCAUACCAAGCCAGCGUAAAACCCCUGUUCACGAGCUUGGUUUGAAUCUCUGGAGAGAUGUUGUGAUCCAUUCCAACAAAACGCAGGCUAGGCUUCUAGAUACACUUCUUGACCUUGUUCUUAGAGAGAGGAAUGGUGAAGUAAUUAACAGAGGCUUGAUGAGAAACUUAAUAAAGAUGCUAGUGGAUUUGGGUUCGUCUGUUUAUGAGAAGGACUUUGAGAAGCAGUUUCUUGAAGUUUCUGCAAAUUUUUAUUGUUGCGAGUCCCAGAAAUUCAUUGAAUCUUGUGAUUGUGGGGAUUAUCUGAACAAAGCUGAGAGGCGUUUAAAUGAAGAAAUGGAGAGAGUAUCUCACUACUUGGAUCUUAAAAGUGAGUCAAAGAUAACUAGUGUGGUGGAGAAAGAAAUGAUUGAAAAUCAUAUGCACACUCUUGUUCAUAUGGAGAACUCUGGCCUAGUUAAUAUGCUCAUCAAUGACAAAUAUGAGGACUUGAAAAGAAUGUAUAACUUGUUUCGCAGGGUGCCUUCUGGGCUCACAAUUGUUAAAGAUGUCAUGACAUCUUUUAUACGGGAUACGGGUAAGCAGCUAAUUAUGGAUCCUGAAAGGUUGAAAGAUCCUGUUGAUUUUGUGCAACGUCUCUUGGAUUUGAAGGAUAAAUACGACAAGGUUAUCACAAUGGCAUUUAACAAUGACAAAACAUUUCAGAAUGCCUUGAAUUCUGCUUUUGAAUAUUUCAUCAAUUUGAACGCCCGGUCUCCAGAGUUCAUUUCUUUGUUUGUGGAUGACAAACUUCGUAGAGGGUUGAAAGGGGUUGGUGAGGAAGAUGUGGAGAUUGUACUAGACAAAGUCAUGAUGCUUUUCCGGUACUUGCAAGAGAAGGACGUUUUUGAGAAGUAUUACAAACAACACCUAGCAAAAAGGCUUCUUUCAGGGAAGACUAUAUCUGAUGACGCAGAAAGAAGUUUGAUUGUUAAGCUCAAAACAGAGUGUGGAUAUCAAUUCACUUCUAAGUUAGAGGGUAUGUUUACAGACAUGAAGACUUCUUCUGAUACGAUGCAAGGUUUCUAUGCAUGCCAUGGUGCUGAAUUGGGAGAUAGCCCUACACUAUCUGUCCAAGUGCUUACAACAGGUUCAUGGCCAACUCAAACCAGUCCUCAGUGUAAUCUUCCAUCCGAAAUCUUGGGCGUGUGCGAUAAAUUUCGGACUUAUUAUCUUGGCACUCACAGUGGUAGGAGACUGUCCUGGCAAACUAAUAUGGGGGCAGCUGAUUUAAAGGCAACAUUUGCUAAGGGCCAGAAGCACGAGUUGAAUGUUUCCACAUACCAGAUGUGUGUACUCAUGCUUUUCAACAACUCCGAUCGGUUGACUUGUAAGGAGAUAGAGCAAGCUACAGCAAUACCCAUGUCAGAUUUGAAGAGAUGCCUCCAGUCUUUGGCAUGUGUCAAAGGGAAAAAUGUUCUUCGGAAAGAGCCAAUGAGCAAGGACAUAGCUGAGGAUGAUGCAUUCUUUUUCAACGACAAAUUCACCAGCAAGUUCUUCAAGGUAAAGAUAGGGACUGUAGUUGCACAGAGGGAGUCUGAACCUGAAAAUAUAGAAACUCGGCAAAGAGUGGAGGAAGAUAGAAAGCCUCAGAUUGAAGCGGCGAUUGUGAGGAUAAUGAAAUCUAGGCGGGUUCUAGAACAUAAUAAUAUCAUAACCGAGGUCACGAAGCAGCUGCAAGCGCGAUUUUUGCCUAAUCCUGUUGUUAUUAAAAAACGGAUUGAAUCCCUCAUUGAGCGCGAGUUUUUAGAGAGGGAUAAAAUGGAUAGAAAAAUGUACCGCUAUCUUGCUUGAAACAACAGUAUGUGCUUUUAUCUCUCUGUUCAAAACAAUUUUUAUCAUGGGACCUAUGUGAUUUUGUCUUUGAUAAGCUUUAAAGUGCUUAUCACAAAUUGCUGCAUGUUGAGUAUUUCA